UUCACAGUUCCCCACGAAAACAAGAACACCAAAAAAAAAAAAAAAGAAAGAAAAGAAAAUCAUUGACCUUCGUCAUCGUUGUCAUCGUUUUAUUAUAGUCAACCAAUUCUCUCACCAGAAUGUUAUCCAUUUCUUCUUCCUUCUCUGACUCUCGUUCUGCCUGUGGCCACCGCUCUUCAAUCUUCAAUUUUUCUCCUUGUAUCUUCAAAAAUGGAGCUUGUACCGUAUCCAGACCCCAACUCCGAUUCUCCGGCAUGGCAGGACAUGUUCCGGUCCGCUUCUAUCAGAGAACCGUUGUCUACUCCAAAAUCCGAUUGGCCGCCGACUGCCGUUGACCCGGUCAAGAAAUCCACCCUCUCCGGUGAUUCCCAGGUACGCCUUGCUCUCUACAUCGCCAUGGCUCAUGCUGGAAUUGCCUUCGCCAUUUUUGUGGUUUACGCUGCUUACAAGCUCUUGGAAGGAUAUGUCAGGCCCCUUCAGUGGGCUGUGCUCUGUUCCAUACCUCUUAGGGGUAUCCAGCAGACCCUUGUUUCGUUCUGGUCGGAGCCCUUGAAAUUAGGCCUCACAGAGACUGUACUAGCGAUUCCUUUUGCCAUAUUUAGAGUUUUCAUUGGUACUCUGGUUGAAAUUCGCGAAGCUUCUUUGCGAGUUCUUCUCAGAAAAUCAAAAGAAUCUCAGAACCCGAGGAGGAACCGUAGUGGAUUUUCUAAUUUACUUCGUUUGCUUGUGUCUUUUGGCAUAUUUGUUGUUGUAUAUGAAGGGCUUGGUGGUUUUGCUUCUCUUUGUCUUCUUGGAUUUGGCUUCUUGUUUAGCUCUAAAAAUGUAGAUUCGAUUAUGUCAACAUCAUCUUCCUUUAGGAGCAGUGGCAUCUGGCAUACUGCCUUUUUCAUGCGAGGAGUACUGAAAAGAUUGAAAACCAUUGUAGCAAUUGGGUUGAUUGUUGGUAUGAUAAUUGGGUUUCUGGCUGGUGUGAUAUUCUUCUCGUACAAGAUUGGGGUCGAAGGAAAAGAGGCAGUAAUUUCACUGAAACUACAUGUAGAGGAGAGCAAUCUUACGGAGAGAAUUGGGGUCAAGAAGUGGAUGGAUGACAACGAUUUUCCUGGAUUAGUGGAUAGGUACACUUCUAAGUAUUAUGAGACAGUUUCUCAUCAGAUAGAUGUAUUGGCAAUGCAAUACAAUAUGACUGAGGUCGUGACUGGUAUUAAGUACUUUGCUAUAAGCAAUUCAGCUAACUCUUCAAUAAUAACUUUAACAGCUCCAGAGAAACGCUCAGCAAUAGCAUACACAGAUAGGUUUCUGAGAUUGAGGACUCGGGUUAAAAAUCGAGAAUGGAGCAUGAUUUACACAGAGCUGGAUACCCUUUUGAGAGAACUCAUAAUCACAAGGGAGGACUUAGUUGAGAAGGCAAAAGCAUUGGCUGUCAAGGGAAUGGAGGUAUCUCAACGUGUGCUUGCUAGCAGUAAAACUGUGCUUGGAAGUGGUGCGAAAUUCAUGUUCUCCAUUGUCCAUUCCAUAAUUUCUGGAGCUGCAGAGGUUUUCAAUUUUGUGUCUCAGUUAAUGGUAUUCUUCUGGGUUUUGUACUAUCUCAUGACAUCAGAGUCAGGUGGGGUGACACAACAAAUUAUGCACAUGUUUCCUAUUUCAAGCUCAGCUAGGGACAGAUGUGUUGAAGUUCUGGAUAAGGCCAUUUCAGGAGUCCUUUUAGCUACUGCUGAGAUUGCAUUUUUUCACGGAUGUCUCACUUGGCUUUUAUUUAGGCUAUGCAGAAUUCAUUUCUUGUACACGUCAACCAUUCUUGCCUUCACAUGUUCUCUGCUACCAAUAUUCCCAUCUUGGCUGGCAACAAUUCCAGCAGCUAUGCAACUAUUGCUAGAAGGAAGAUAUAUAGAGGCCAUUAUUUUGUCUGCUGUUCACCUUUUCCUCAUGGACUAUGGUGCAUCUGAAAUCCUAGAAGAUAUACCAGGGCAUAGUCCAUAUCUUACUGGGCUUAGCAUCAUUGGAGGAAUGACUCUAUUUCCAUCUGCUUUAGAGGGGACAAUUAUGGGGCCAUUGAUUACUACAGUUAUGAUUGGUCUGAAGGAUUUGUAUGCUGAAUUUGUUUUGGAAGAACCAAAAGACAGUGGCAAGCAGAAUGCAUCCUAAGCCUCUACCUGUGUCCUUAAAAGCAGCAAUUUAUACAGACAUUCCUUGCAUCUACAAUUGGCCCAAAGAACUGGCAGCACCGAGGUGAGUUUGCCAAUGAAUUUCACACCUAAAACAUUCAUUCGAUUUUUUAUCAGCUCUGGCAGUUAUCUAAGGUGCAAGGAGUGUGCUUCCAUUAAAACACUUGUCUGCAACUUCAUUGUUCAUUGUUCUUUGCAGCUCUGUCGCUGGAGUUUGUCUCUAGGCUGUUGAUUUGUUCACAAUUGAUAAUUUUUUAAUAUUCAUGUCAAUAAUCUGGACUAGCUGGCCUAUUGUACAUCACGCGAAAUUGAAAAAUAAGUUGCAUUGUUCUUACCUUAUGAACAACACAACUUACUAUAAUUUUGUAUUCUAUAUUGGUGUAUUAAUUAUUGUUAAAUGGGCCUUCUAGUUUUUUUACCCUGAUUCUUCAGUUUAGAAGUCAUCACUUGUAAAAUUUAUUCCUAUAUGUCAGAAAUUUUCUUCAUCAUUGUACAAAAAGUAGAAAGUAAAAUAUCUUAUAAGCUUGAUGGAAAUAUGUUGCCUUCAAGUUUCUUGGAUUCAGCGAUUUGAGACCGAUUGUUCAUUUCUCCCGGCCAGGGUAUACCGGGUACCCACAAAGUUACUUCAAUUACAAAACACUUCUGCAUUAUUUAUCCUUUUUUACAGCUCGUGCUGUUUUGGAAUUAUAAGAACUUUAUGUGAUUUUCUAAACCUUCUAUGCACUGGUAAUUUUUUUCACAAAAAAAAAGGACAAACAAACAAACUGUUAUCAUAGCAAGCAGAUAUUUGAUUAAGCUACUAGGCAAGGGGCAUGAUUAGGCGACUUCAUACUUUCUUUUGACUUCAAAGAUGUUGAGGUUAUCUAGCAAUGCAUUAUUGUUUAAAUAUGUUAAUUAACAUUGAUCCAAGCAUCCAAACACACAUUAUAUCAAGAUGGUUUGAACUUGAAGUAAGAGUUGGGAAAACGAGCAACAUCUAAAUGAGCUCCCAUUUUGCUAACCCAACUUGUGAUGUUUUGGCAAGUCGGGCCCAUGGGCGCAACCAUAUUAUCACCUCUAGUUUGUACCCUGAAACAUUCAUCAAGAUCUCACACUACUCUUAUCCCUUAAGUUAGUUUCAUGUGACUCUCAUUUUAACUCUUUAGUUUCACAUAUAUUUAAGACUAUUGUUUUUGUCUUGCUAACCUUCACUUGUAUAUCUUGGCUUCUGACGAUCUACUCCUGUGAUUAUGAAAUGUUGGACGGCAAAUAUUGAUUAAAAGAGGGAGAAAAUUUUAACAGGAUACAAAAUGGCAUAUGGAGAUUAAAGAAAGAUGCAUCAUCUGAUAUUUAGAUGCACUUUCAUUUCCUUCUGGCUGAAAUGUUGGUGCCUUGUGGUGCAAAGAA